AUGUAUUUGUCGGAGAAGCCGCGUCCAAUCGACUUCUACAAGGAGGAAGGCACGCGGGACAUGAUGAUCGAGGUCGUCUCCAACGGCGACCUCCCGCCGCCGCCGCCGCAGCAUCACCCGCCGCCGAUGAUCCUCGGCGAGAGCAGCGGUGAGGACCCCGAGGUGGAGAUCAAGGCCCCCAAGAAACGCGCGGAGACGUGGGUGCAGGACGAGACGCGCUCGCUCAUUGGCCUUCGUCGCGAGAUGGACGCGCUCUUCAACACCUCCAAGUCCAACAAGCACCUCUGGGAGCAGAUAUCGGCCAAGAUGAGGGAGAAGGGUUUCGAUCGCUCUCCCACCAUGUGCACGGAUAAGUGGCGCAACCUCCUCAAGGAGUUCAAGAAGGCCAAGCACCAGGACCGUGGAGGGAGUGGCUCCGCCAAGAUGUCGUAUUAUAAGGAGAUUGACGAGAUCCUCAGAGAGAGGAGCAAAAAUGUGCAGUACAAGAGCCCCACUCCUCCGCCUAAGGUUGAUUCCUUCAUGCAGUUUGCUGAUAAAGGUAUUGAUGAUACUAGCAUCUCUUUUGGACCCGUAGAAGCUACUGGAAGACCGACGCUCAAUCUUGAGAGAAGUUUGGAUCAUGAUGGACAUCCUCUUGCCAUUACCACAGCUGAUGCUGUUGCAGCAAGUGGAGUUCCUCCUUGGAAUUGGAGAGAGACUUCUGGAAAUGGUGGAGAAAGUCAGUCAUGUUGUGGAAGGGUUAUAUCAGUUAAAUGGGGUGAUUAUACAAGACGAAUAGGUAUUGAUGGCACACCAGAAGCCAUCAAAGAGGCAAUUAGGGCUGCUUUUAGGUUGAGAACUAAACGCACAUUUUGGUUGGAAGAUGAAGACCAGAUUAUCCGAAGUAUUGACCGGGAAAUGCCUUUAGGAAGUUACACUCUUCACCUUGAUGAAGGUAUGGCUAUUAAAUUAUGUCUCUAUGAUGAGUCUGAGCAUCUUCCUGUGCAUACUGAAGACAAGGUAUUUUACACUGAAAAUGAUUACCGUGAUUUUCUGACUCGCCGGGGUUGGGUAUGCCUAAGAGAAUUUGACGGAUAUAGAAAUAUAGACAACUUGGAUGAUCUUAGACCUGGUGCCAUAUACCGUGGUGUGAGUUGA